AUGUCAUCGUCAACGCAAAGACCUCUUCAUGGAAAGAAAAAACUACCAGAGGAAGAAGAUGCAACUAAAUUAAAAUUCGGAGAAGAUUUUGAAAAUGAAGAAUUUCUUUUUGUGUCAGAAGUAGCAUCUUUAAUCGGAAGAGUUCCUGAUAAUCAAAAAAAUACAGAUGUUUAUCAAAAAACAUUGGAAUAUGUAAACACAUUUACAAAAUUUCAUAAUGAAGAAUCAUUAAGAGAAUUAAGAAA